UAUAGAAGCGUUCGUUCUUUUGUCCUGAUAAAAUAGGGCCAAGGCCUAUAAGACAAAGCAUAUUGACACCACUAGCUGUGGUCCAUCGGCUGUUGCGAGAAUGGUAGCGACGAACGUGAAGGCAGAAACAAUGUCUCUGAUGGACAAGCGCACUGCCGUCGAGGCCGAGAUGAACUCGAUCAUCGCCCGCCUCACUCAGCCCGGCGCUCCUGGUCUCUCCGGCAAUCUCGUUGAUUCCGAGGGUUUUCCCCGUACGGAUAUUGACAUUCCAGUUGUUCGAUCUGAACGACGUCGUCUUGCAGAGCUGCGUAAUGACCACAAUGAGAUAACUGAGAAGAUAAAUCAAAAUAUACAAAUUUUGCAUGCAGCAAGGGUUGGAAAUAAAUCAACAUCCUUCAAGAGUUCAGAUAAUGGUGAUGGAUCAGAUAUUCAAAUCUCAUCAACUGUAGAUGCUGUUGCUUCAACACCGUCACAAAACAUUCUUCUGAGACAUUCCCCUGAUUCCAUGGAUGUGAAUGUGUUAGUCAGUAGACCCUUUGCAAUGGUUGAUGAAAUUGCAGAUGCAUCACCGGCAGCUGAAGAUGGCUUACAACUUGGAGACCAAAUUUUGAAGUUCGGAAGUGUGGAAGCAGGUGAUAAUUUGCUCCAAAGACUUUCUUCUGAGGCUCAGUCAAAUGUAGACCGCACAGUACCUGUUAUUAUAAUAAGGCAAGGCACAGUGAUCAAUCUUACUGUCACACCAAGAACAUGGCAAGGCAGAGGUCUUAUGGGAUGCCAUUUUCGGAUCUUGUAGGGUGCGAUCAUCCCAUGGUGGAGGCGGUUGCUUGUUUCCUUUAUUUGGCUUUUUCCAAAUGCUGUUAUUGGCCUCAUGUCGUUUUUAUCUUUUGCGAUUACUCACUUGUCUUGGCAAGAUUUUCUGUGUUUGGGUAAAGCUUACUUUAAAUUCCGAACAGCCUAUAUUUGUAAGAUUCUCCUUUCAACUAAAAAGUAUAUUAUCCAGUCUCAGAAGGUUUAACCAUUGCGAUUUAAAACAUAAAUGUUGGACGGUGAAUUCCUGG